AUGCCGAAUCCGCUCCUGUUCGUCGGCAAGGGCGCGGCGCUGACGGCGGCGGCCCGAGCGGCUGACAAGGCGAACGAAGGCGGCGGAGCAUUCCAGCGGCUGGGCGAGGGCCGCGGCGCGGCAAUCCGGCUCGCGUGGCCGGCGGAGGCGCUGCACACCGUGCCGCACGAGAGGCGGGCGGCGGCGGGCGACGCGGACGACCCGUUCGCGCACGGCCGUCCGAUCACCAAGAGGGAGAGGCGCGCGGCGGGCGAGCUGCGCGCCGUGCAGCACCAGGAACGUGCGGAGGCGCCCAGAGAGGCGGAGCGGGCGGCGGCAGAGGAGCGGACGGCGGAGCAGGCGGCGCUGCUGGCGCCGCUCGCGGCGACGGACACCACGGCGCGCCUGGCGAAGCGGAGGCGGAGCGCCCUCGUGGCGGCGGUGCUGCAUCAACCCAUUGCGGAGCCGGCGGGCCGGGCGGCUCAGAUGCUCGCGCCGCUCGGCGAGCACUUGAAGAGGCAGUGCGACGAGGUGGCGAAGCGGUGGGACGACUUCCAGACGGAGAUGGAGCGGCUUGACGAAGACGGCGGCGAUGCGGACAUGCGCUCCUACCUAAGGGCCCUGCCUGCUGGGCUGAGAAGGGCUUCAUCCCUGCUGCCGAACGCGCACCCCACAGGGCCAGGGCGCUCUUUUGCUGACUGCACUCCAAGCAAGUGCUCCAGUCAGUGCAUGCAUGCAAUGCACGCGAGAAAGAACGACGUGAUGCUUGCGUCCCAGCCAGAGUGCCCUCGCGCAGAACCAACCAACGCAUCCGAGAGUGGGACGACCGAGUGGGAGGAAGGUCGGACAUUUUUUUCUAAUAUAUUCUCGGACGCGUCCCCGGACGCACGUUUUGAUCGAUUUUGA